AUGACAGCUCAAAUCCAGCUCCCCUCCCAGCUCUCCGCUGGCACCCACUGGCAGGUCCAUGGUGAUCAUGAGUCCAUACGAGCUGGUGUCGAGGCCCAGAGGAGCUGGUCCAUCCAAUCACCAGCAGGAUUUCCCCCCGUCAUCAAUGGUCCAACUGCUUGCCCUGUGUCUGACAGCGACCUUUGUGGUGUGCACAUUCUCAACCUGAACGGCCAAGAUGUCGUCGAGAUCGAGAACGGCCUACGAUCGUUCAAAGGGCUCGGAAUGGAUGGAGACGACGUGACUCGAGAGCGAUUCCCUCUUCCCAAUCUCCAGAAGCGCCUUGACGGGUGCGCUGCGGAAAUCCACGAUGGCACUGGACUGUGUAUCAUCCGUGGUCUCGACCCUCGGAGGUACUCCGUCGAAGACAACAUCAUGAUCUUCUUGGGUGUUUCCAGCUAUAUCGGAGGGAAGAGAGGCCUUCAAAACUCCAAAGGGGCGAUGCUAACUCAUGUGACCGAAUCCAAACUCUGGUCGGUGCCUCGCGAGAAGCGUCAUGGAAUUCAUACCAAUGAGAGCCUUCCAUUCCAUUCUGACAUGGGCUGCGACAUCCUGUCGCUCCACGUUCGGCAGUGUGCAGAGACAGGCGGUCGGACGUGUGUGGCCUCAUCCGCCGACAUCUACAACCACCUUGCCCAAACCAAUCCAUUGGCCGUUCAUGCAUUGGCCAGACCUGAUUGGCCAAUCCAAACGUGCCACACGGGAGCUUCCUUCGUCCUGUCACCACUUCUCGCCUAUCAUAAGGACAAGUUGAUCCUUUCCGUGGAUCCUUGUCGCGUUGGCCCGCCUCCCUCCGCCUGCGCUGGUCCAGUUCCUUCCCUGACGACUGAACAGCACGACGCUCUUGCCGCCUUGCAGAUGGCUGCGCAUGAAAACCAGGUACCUAUCGACAGCCAACCAGGUGACUUUGUCUACAUCAACAAUUGGAGCAUGCUACAUGCUCGCGAGCCCUACCAGGAUGGUGAGACAUCGGCUCGUCAUCUCGUGCGCAUGUGGCUUCGCAACGAGGCAUUGGCGUGGGAAAUCCCUACUUCGAUGCGGGUGCCUUGGGAGUCGUCCUUCGGAGAGACGGCGAAACGCGUCACCAACCGCGAGUACCCCAUUGUCCCCAUGCCCGAGUACAAGGAGUCAAAGUACACUGCCGGCACUGCGGCAUUCGUGCCAGAGGACGAUGAUGACUACCAUUGGUGUGAUCGGAACGUGAGGUGA